AUGCUACAAGAGCCUCAAAAAGAAGAACUCAGCGACUAUCAUCAUGGAUUGCGAGCAACUGGGACAUUUGGGGAGCACAAUUUGAAAGAUGAUCAAGUGAGGAGAAAUCUUGAAGGGAAUUUAUCUUCCUCCGAAGAUCAUCUACAAGAUCUUACACUUGAAGAGUUGGGAAAGCUUCAGAAGGAUUUGAACUUGUUAUUGCAUGAACAGGUUGAGUCAACUUGCUCUAAAGAAUCGGAAGCAACUAAUCUUCAAUUGCUAGAUAGAGAGUCAAGCUUGGAAGCUGGUCUAAAAGUAGAUAUAAACUCAUAUUCUGAUGAGUCAAAGAGCAAAGAUAGUAGUCUCCAGCUUAGCACCAGCAUAGUUCUGAAUAGAGGAAAAGAUAUUGAUUUGGAUAAUAUUAAGGGUGCCAUUGGCAAAAAAUCAUUGUCUUUUCUUCUUAAGAAAAUAUUUGUUUGCAGAAGUGGAUUCUCACCUGCUCCAAGUUUAAGAGAUCAACUCCUAGAAUUAAGAAUGGAGAAGAUUUUGAGAUCAAUGCUUCACAAGAAGAUACAUCCCCAAAGUUCUAGCAAAGCACUGUCUAUGAAGAAAUACUUGAAACGCGGCUCUAGGAAAGUUUUGAGCUGCGGUUAUGAAUUGAAUGAUAAGUCCAACAAUGGAAGUAAAUGGCUCAACACAGAUUCUGAAUAUAUUGUUCUAGAGAUAUAGAUUUACUCUACUUUGGUCAGCAGUGAAGACCGAAGAAU